UCGAACAAGGCUGACCCAUACGAUUGUAACAGGCCUCUGCUGCGGGCGAUGGGUCCGAUUGGGUAUCGAUGCAAAUGGCGAAAAACGUUCCAGGCCUAGGCUUCGGUGGCCUCGGACUAGCAGCAGCCAAGGACUGGCCAGUCGAAGCCGUCAUGCCCGCGGGGACACAAUGCAAAGCCGGCGCGGACGGUCAGACUUGUCUCAUCCGGUGCCGCAAUGCCGCUGCUGCCGGUCCCUUCGGAUCUUGUGCCGCCGUCACCCAAAAGAACUAAUCUCCUUGUUGUCUCAUCAAUAUAUCUGCACACACUUUUAGCCGCUGCGACGUACAC